UCUCCAAUCAGCUGACUUCCCAAACGUUUAGCUGGACAGUUUAGGAAAAGCUCAGCACAAACAAACCCUCAGCAUGACGCUACCCUGCCAUUCAACUCGCGUAAACCACAAACAGUUCGCACAUUUUUAGAGAAGCAGCAGCUCCGUGUGAUGAUGAUGAUGAUGAUGAUGAUGAUGAGGCGUUAUUUUCUAACCCGCUUUCACUUCUGAGAGAGAGCGAGCUAAGCUAACGGCCGUAGCAGCUAACCACAGCGGGGAAGCUAACAGGCUAAAUCAGCCGAUGUUCAGUGAAACAAUGGAGGGGAUUUUAUACAAAUGGACGAAUUACAUGACAGGCUGGCAGCCGCGCUGGUUCGUCUUAGAGAACGGCGUCAUCUCUUACUAUGACAGCGAGGAUGACGUUGGGAAAGGAAGCAAAGGAUCCAUCAAGAUGUCCGUGUGCGACAUUAAAGUUCAUCCGUCAGAUCCAACGCGCUUGGAGUUGAUAAUCCCCGGCGAGCAGCACUUCUACGUGCGAGCUGUGAACGCUGCAGAGAGACAGAGGUGGCUGGUGGCUUUAGGCUCAUCCAAAGCUGGAACACUGGACAGUCACAAACACAGAGGUCCAGACUGUCUGAAGACAAAGAUGUCUGAACUUCGUCUGUACUGUGACCUCCUCGUCCAGCAGGUCCACACCAUCCAAUCGCAACACACCGCCGACACGGAGGCCACGCCCAUCUCUGAGGCCUCUCUCCUCAGUGCAACAUGUGCAACUUUCAUCAGGACUUUGGAGGAGUGUAUGACCCUGGCCAACCAGAGUUUGACCCCUGACCUCCGUCCGCCUGAAAGGAUGAAGAGGUCAAUCAGUCACCCUGGAACAUACAGCUUUGACAGGUCAGGUGUGCUUAAGGAGUACUUAAGUGGAGGUCAGAGGUCAACUCAGCGCAGGAACCGGACGUGCUCCGACAGCUCUGUUUAUGAUACUGAACGCGUGUUGCCGAGCCUCAACGGCGACUCGUCCUCCAUUCCUGAGGAGAGAGGAGGCAGUGUGAGCCCAAAGACCACACCCACCGACACAGACACCGACCUGUCCAUCUGAUGACCUGACGUCCACCCGAACCUGCUGCCCUCUGCGAGAUGUCAGUGACUGUGACCGCAUCCGGUCAAAAUAUUGACGUCGUCUUCAUUAAACCAAGGAUUUGACGGAGUUGACUGACUUUUGACCUCCUCCAGGAUUGUCCUUCUUGUGCUUAUUUUUUUUUCUUCUUCUUUCUGUCAGCUGAUUGCCAAACACAUGCACUUUGGAGUCGUAAUGAAUUUUUCCUUAACUGAGGCCGUCUUUAAGUGUUUCAGCUGCACAGUACGCACUGGACAGACAGCCGGAAAGAGACAUCUGACAGCUGUGAGUAUAAAAUAUAUGAAGCUUUAACGCCUUGAGAUGCGAGGACAUUCAAUCUAUGGACACACUCUCGAUGGAGUUUAGAGGAAUCGUGACCUGAAGCUCAAAGAAUCAGUGAAUGAAAACUGCACUUACAGCAAUUAACCUGGACUUUCUUGGUGGGAAGCAGGUGAGGACUAUGUUUGCUCCCUGGCAUGAAUACGAAUAACUGUGAAUUCUUGUAUUCUGGACUGCUUAGAUGCCGGGGUUCACUACUGUACCUGAGAAUGUGCAGGAAAUGUUGAAUUCAGGACGUCAUGUUGUCCUCUGAUGUUUGGCGUUUUGAUGGGGUGUUGAAAUCCUCCAAACGUAGAACAAAAUCAUCUUCUAGCACAGUUUUUUCUGCCUUUUCCACAUACUCAAGAUACUUGCCUAACCUUUUCUUUCCUUGGAAACUUGCCAAGCAUCUUCUUGCUUUCUUCUUCCAGGCCUUCAUAGUUGUGCUUGUCUGCUGAAAGCAAAGGUAAAAAAAGAAGUAGUCCGUCCCUUCUUCCUGCCAGCUUCUUUGUCUUUCGAGGUCUUCAGUAGCGAGGUCUGAUAUAGCUGAGGAUGAAACCAGACUGAUGAACGGCGUCUCUGCGAGGUCCUGAAGCCAGUUAUCUCUGUCGCCGUACACACAGAGAGACGAAAUGCCAUGAAGUUUGCACAAAUGUGCCUGGUUGUUUUCUGCCUCCUCCUGUCAAUCAAGUCAGAUCAUGUGAACGGAGUCUCAAAAUUACAGAUGGGCCUGAAUGUGUGCAAGUGACUGCCUGUAAAUGUUUGGUAUCUCGCCUAAUGGUGAUUAAUUCCAGCCCAACGUGACCCUGAAAAGAAAAGCAAGGUACGGUGGCCCUGAGAGAUCAACACUGAUCUGUCUUCUCUGUCUCACUCCCUUCGCAGUACGUUGAGCUCUCAGACGCCGCCGUGAGUUAAAUGCAUAAAUGAAGGAUCAUGGAUGAUGACUGAAGUUCACCAGUGAGUUCAGAUGAUGCCUUUUGCACACAUUUGUUUUCUUUCCCUGUCAAUUGAUGCACUUUCCUCUGCAGAGGCACUUAGCAAUGUCUAGAACUUAGCAAUCUUGUGCUACGUCUGAGUCUGCUUCUACUUGUGCGUUAGUGUAGUGCAGAUCAGUGGAUCAGCGUUCAGCUCUAAAACCUGUAGGUAGUCUCAUAUUCUGGGGUUGCUACAGAACAAAUCAGUCUUUAGGUAAAGUAUUAUGACUCUAUUAGUGAUUUUAAUGAUUAGCUUGCAGCAGUCAGUCAGACUACUAAGCUGAAAUUAGUGAGUCGUAUUUCCUGUCUUGUUAAAUGACCUCUUAACGUCUGCACAUCGUUGUCUUGUCACAUGCUUUGCUGUUUGAACACAUGCAAAAGACGUCAUCUGAACAAACCGAUGUAAACAAUCGUCCACGGUGACUAAUAUGGACUACGUUUCCUGGUGGAUUCUUUCUGUUUUGGGGAGAGAGGUGUACUGUGGUACGCUGCAGAAUGAGAAUAUAAUCAUAAUAUGUGGCAACACUGAACAGGGCAGAUCUUCACAAAUGUCAGCUUUGGCCAAAAACAAGUUUUAGGUAAUUACAAACGUACUAUAACAUCAAAGACACUUUAUUAUUAAAUUUUAAAAGGGGAAUCAUCGUGUCCGAACAGACUGGCCACAUCUGUUGUAUCCUAAACUUCCUAAAAGUAAGAAGAUUUUUUAAAUGUCGAAUCUCUCCACCAAUCAGGUGUGUUCCCUUCACAUUCAAACAGUUGUUAGAGAGCAAAAAUAAAAAGGAAUUGCAGUAACUUUUUGCCAAUAUACAUGUGUAAAUGUGGUUGUUUUGCACUUUCAAGUUAAAGACAAUGUCCUUUUUUAUCUUCUGAGAAAAGGAUUAUAGUGAUGAAGGUACUGUGGUGGAGAACAGUGAUGAUGAUUGUGAAACUCACAUUAAAGGUGGGGUAUGUGGUUCUUACCCAGUGCGCGUUCGCCAAAUAUUUCCUCGCGGUCUGCUAGCCGUCAGUUCUGCAUGUGCGCUGAAAUAAAUCCGGUGUUUGUACACAGCUGCGAGUCUGUAAAUGAGAAACAAACAAAGUAGCUCCGGCCAUGAUGUGCGUGUCAGGUAACGUUAAGUGAGUUGUGAGUAGCAGGUGACUAGCAUGGAGUUGGAUUUCUCCAGAAUCGCUUAUCCCACCUCUAAUGUUAAAAAUAAUAUAAAGAUAUAUCAUUGUUCCUAGUCAGUGUCUUAUUUUUGGAAGGAAGUUUUGGAGUUGCAGCAGCCUUAUUGUAUACCAGUAAACAGUAUGUAAACAUACAAGACUUCCUUCUUCUAUUUUACCAAAAUGUGUGUUCAGUAUCUGUUUUCGUUUUUCCUUUCAUCCUUUUCUUUUUCUAAAUACUGUGAAGAAGUGUUUCUCUUGCAGAUUAUUUUAUUUGACUUAAACACAACGUGGAUUUUGUAGUUCAAGCACUUACAGGAGCUUCAAAUUAAUUAAUUGAUGAACAAAAAUCUAUUGAAAAAUAAUACAAGAAAACACAGGGAGAAUAGAUCAAAUAUGCAACUUGCUGUAAGAUUCAUCCCAAAAUAAAUUAACUAAAAGAAAAUGAAGGUUAGCCAGUGUUUUGGCAGUUCAUUGUGAUUUAAUCUUGGACAGAUUGUCUCUUAAAAAGGAGUAGGACAUUUGGGAAAUACGCUUAUUUGCUUUCUUGCCAAGAGUUAUAAGACUCACACCUCUCUCAUGUUUGUCCGGUAAUUCAUCUGUAAUCUGUAUGGUUUUGUAAGGAUCAAAUAAACAAGAUAUAAAGUGUUAAUUAUUGAUCUUUAGAAGUGCCGGUAACCUUUUGCGCAGAGCCAGGCGAGCAGUUUCCCCUCGUUUCUAUUGUUGAUGUUAAGCUAAGCUAACUGUCUGCUGGCUCUAGCUUCAUAUUUACAGUGCAGAUAGGGGUGAGAGUGGUGUAAAUCUUCUCAUCUAAUAAAGUGUGUAAGCUUAUUUGCCAAAAUGUCAAGCUAUUGCCUCGAAGCUCUGGUCGACACAAACGGCUGUGCUUCUUUUUUUAGAGGAGAAACUGCUGCUUUUAUGACUGAAUCAUAUUUUCUGUUAUUAAUGACAGCCUGUUCAGUUUGUGGACAAACCAGCGGAGAGAUUUUCAUGCCUUAAGUGUCUCUGCACGAAGUUAACGUGUGUGGUUGUAUCAGACUUUUCAUUGUCUAAAUAAAAAAUAUUUUAAACUGAAA